AUGGUCAACAGCUGUAUUGUGAAAGCACGACACCACCGAGACGGUGGGAGUUCGUUGCUCUCUGUUGCCAUCAUAGCUACGAACUUGGGUCGUCCUGACGCGUGGGAUUCUGACGCAAAGCUCUGUGGUCAUUAUGUGUUUCCUAGAUGGUUGGGUCCGAGGUUGGUAAAGUUGGGUUCCUGGGAUCGAGAGUUGUCGGACGAUGCGCAGGUGAAUUGCAAGGACGGAAUAGGGGUUGACAGAGACCGGAAGGAGUAUGAGGUGUUUGACGGAUUGCUUAUUGACGGUUUGCUUGGUGAGGUAUGUGGGGUAGUGGGCGGAGCUUGUGGUUUCGCGGAGACGCUCGUAGAUAAUCGACUGAAUCCGGAAGUCUUGAAGCUGUCUCCGGUGGCCUUGCGAAGUUAUUCGGAAUUAUUUAAGACCCAUGAGAUGCGUGUGACGCACCCGGAAUUAAUGGGUGGCGAGAGCGUAUCGCGGUCGGUACGCGAGGCAAUGUUGUCGGAACGUGUGAAGCACUUUGCUAGGGCACUACACUAUGCGUUGGUGUGUGAUCGAUGCUGGCGUCACGAAGCGUUGAAUACAGGGGAUGCGGAGAGUAUGCCGGACCUGGAGAAGGUGUACGGGGCUACAUUUCUCCAUGGUUGUCGGAAACUCACGAUGUUCCGCACGAAUUUUGUGAAGAAAACGCCUGAAUACUUCAAAAUACAAAAGGAGAAAAUACUUCAGUAUAAGACCCGGGAGGAGCGCAUCAAAAAACAAAGUGUCUUCCAACAGACCCUGCCUCUCUUCUGCGAAGACCGCUUGAUUGAAUACCCCAACUUGACUGCAAAGAACGGCCGCUUAGUGGAACAUACAGGCCAGGGGAAACCAAAAGACUCCGACGACAUCUACUUGGAAGUUUUUCCGGCGGAAAUGUACGAACGUGCUGGGACUCGUAAAUUCUUCUGGUGGCCUGGUAUCUAUCAGGGCGGCAUCCGUCCAAUGACUACCCGUUUCUUCCGGUCGACCGAAGGUCCGAUGAAACAGUACUCUAUCGUUGACCGAGGGUCAUCUGCGACCAUGUCGAGGAUGCCACCAGCGCUACUAAAUUUCCUGCCAUUCAGCCAUUUGGCACGAUGGGCAUACGAGACUCCCAAGCAGGAGUGGUUCGGACCGGGAAGACUGGAUCCGACAGAUGAGAAGAAGCCUAAGAUCCCGGGGCUACUGAACUCGCUCAGUCUAAAGGGUCUAGCGGAUUGGGUUCAGAGAAACCAAAGGGCAAAACGUCUUCGGAAACGGGAGACGAUACGGGAAUUUAUUCGUCAGGAAUUUGAUAACACCUUCCGCCAAAAUUUCGCACAGACCAUUUCUAUCAAAACCUUACACAACGCUUGGGAGGACGAAGACGGUUUAUGGGACCCGGCUAAUAGGGGUAGAACCAUGUCGCAUGACCGGCGGUCCCGUAAAUCGGUGAAACCUAUCGAUAAGUCCAAGAGUCAGUCUAUGCACCAAUCCAUGGACAGAUUGAGGACUGAGUUGAGAGGUAAAACGAUCACCGAUUCGGUAGGCAAACCGAAGGACAGACUAGUCAUCGAGUUUCUGGGAAGACAGACCAGACCAGUCAGCGAGUUUCUGGGAAGACAGACCAGCGAAUACGCGAGGAGACCCAGUAGUGAAUUGACGCGUAGGAACAUGAGCACCCACUCGAUUGGCACCCCGGCAAAUGAUUCGAUGGACAGAACGAACAAUGGUUGUGGGGUGAGAAAUUAUUCCACGGAUGAACCAAAAGUAUCCAAAGGCAGACACAAGAAAAGUUCUGCCGAAUCACUCAAGAUCAGGUCCAACAAUGAACUCACUAACGCCCACCCAGAAAAGGGCACCCAACCCCGACCCCAGUCAUUCUAUUAA